CAGAAUUUUACUGCAAAACAUGUUUGAAACUGUAUUGUGGGAAAUGUAUUCAGUUGCAUGAUAAGUGGUUUAAAAAACAUUCAGCUUAUGGAAGGAAUGACAUGAAAAAAUGGCCAGUUUCGAAAGAGGUGGAGGAAUUUCUAUUAAAGUGUGAAGCGCAUAAGGACCACAAAAUUGAAAUGUUAUGUGAUGACCACAGUCAGCUGUGUUGCACAAAGUGUGCCUUCAAUAAUCACAGCCAGUGCAGUAAAGUGACCCAGAUUUUGGAGCUGACCAACUCGCAGCCCACUGGCCUGGAGGGGUUGUCAGUGGAGCUGGAAACUGUUAUGGGGGAAAUUAAAACCCUGCAGAUCAGUCAAGAGGCCAGCAUUCAGUCAUUGCAGAGAACAUACAAGGAACAUAGGGAAGUUAUGAUAGAACAAAUGUGUGGCAAUUUAAAUACUUAUAUAGAUGAAUGUGAUAAUAAUUCUGUGGGUUCAUCAGGCGGAAAUGAGCAAUAUUUAAAAGAAGAGAUGUGUAGGAGUGUUAUCUCUAUCGUGAAUGAAUUUGAUAAUACUACUGCGUAGGAACUU